CCGAAAGCCCAAAGACGCGCGGCUCCCUUCUCACUCACUCGUCCCACGUCGGUAACGCGACGGGACCGAGUAGCGCAUGCGAUCAUGAGAACGGACUUUUUCCAUCGCUUACCGCCGCCAACUGCCAUUCUUCUUCUCGCCAGCCUUUUCAACAGCGUUGCUGCUCAUGUCGCCCUUCCGCCACUGCCAACAGUCACGGUUGCGCACUACGCUCUCGAUGUCGUUUCGUGGCCACUCCUCCUCCCCACAGCUGCCCCGCUAGACCCCUUCGAUCUCGCGAGGAGACAAGCUGGAAAUACCAUCUGUGGCUAUAUCGGCGGGCUGUCGGCGCUUCCAGCGACAUGUAGCGCAGGAUCGCAUUGCGUCUUGGACACCGCGCACCAGGUGGUCGGUUGUUGUCCAGAUGGGGCGGCCACAUGUACGUCUGGUGUGUUCACCGCGUGUGUGGACGGCAACAGCGGGCCUCAGUCGGAGAUGAACCCCUACGUAUUCACAUGUACUGGAGCCCAAGUAUGUUACAAGAACAUGUAUGAAGGAGGAGCCUCCCAGUUCGGGUGUGGUACAGCUGCCGACCAGGCGACAAGUGUUUACACUACCGCAAACGGACUUGCGGGGGCUAUCACUUACCCACAUAUUUCUGCCCUCUUGACGAAAAGUGCUAGUCGACUUGGCACGCCGACAACACUGGGGAUUGCUACCAGCACUAGCACCAGCGCGUCCCGAACCCGGACGUCGUCCUCGGCCUCGACGGAAUUCUCAGCUUCGACGGAGCCCUCAGCCUCGACGACAAAUUCCUUGGUUUCUUCCGAGAGCACAGCGGGCACAACCACCACAUCGACUACGACGGCUUCUUCUACCACCGCAUCCACAGAACCUUCUACUACACCCCAGGCACCACCAUCUAAAACUUCUACAGGAGCGCGCACCGGCGCAAUCGUUGGUGGAACACUAGGAGGUAUUGCCGCGCUAGCCCUCAUCGGCGCCCUUAUCUUGUACUUCCUCCGCCGCCGGCGCAGCGCCAACUCGCGCACCGGCCCUGGCCGCCCCGGAAUCAACGGCAAGUACAUCAGCUCUCCGACUCCCGGACCUAACAGUGGCUUCGCGGCCGUAAGCCAAGACCCUGACGCCUACGAGACUGGACCGGCUCCUGGCUACUUGCCUCCUGUCGCCCAGACAACCAAUGAAAAAGGUGGUUUCUCAAGCCAUCUAACCGCCGGCGGCCCCUCGCCUUACGCGUACACAGGCGCGGCGGGCGUCGCUGGUGCGGCUACGACUGCAGCAUCAGCGCCGGUGGCUUCUUCCCCUACCCCGCCUGGACAACACAUACGACAGAAUUCAUAUCCGCCGACCGAAGGGUACCAUUACCCGGGCCAGUUCCCGGCUGCAUACGCUGGCGGGGCUGCUACGCGGAAGAGCAAGCUCGAGCCGGACCAGGUGCCAUUGACAAGGGAAAUUGAUGCUUUUUCGCAGAACUUUAAUGCGGCGCUGGGAAGGAUUGGUGAGGAGAGGAGUAGCGAAUUGGGGAGGGUUGAUGAGGACGCCGGUGGUGCUGGUGAUGGAAGUGAUAUUGGAAGCGGAAUGUCACGGCCGCUGUGGCAGCAGCAUCGCAGGCAGAGUCGGAACUUGAUGUGGAUGUAG